UCUGUUCGCUCACCAAAACCCCCUCGCCCUCUUAUCCCAAUCCCACGGACGCCUUCCGUAUAAGUAGCGCCACGCCGCUCCAUCACGCUAUAAUCCCAUCAUCAUUCUCCAGCCCCCCGGCGCACUUCAGUUCCAAUUCAACUCAACUCCAGCCAGCCAGCCAGCCGCCGCUCCCAAUUCAAAUCAAAAUAUAUUACUCACCACGAAGCACGCCUGCAAACAAGCUUUCCGCCCCAGGACGACGGCGGCUCUCCUGGACUCCACCAAGUUUGCGUCAGGGGAGAAGCGAAGCGACGGCCGCCGAUUAAAGGCGAAGAGGAAUUCUUUUCGAUGGCGGUGACGGCUUCGACGGUGGCGGCGGCGGCGACGAUGCUGGCGGCGGUGGCGGCCAUCUUCCUCUCCUUCGUGCUCUGCUUCUACAUCUGCCUCUGCGCCAAGCGCUCCUCCGCCAGAGCAAGCUCCCCGCCUCCUCCCCCCGGCAGCGGCGUCCUCGCGCACCUGCGGUACUUGUUCUGCGGCUCCUCCUCCCCCGCCACCACGGACUCCUCUUCCCCCUCCUCCGGCGCCGCUCUCUGGUUCUACGACGGAGGCCUGGACGACGCCUCCAUGGCGUCCCUGCCCAAGAAGGAGGUCUCCAAGGGGGACGCCGCCACGGACUGCGCCGUGUGCAUCACCGAGCUGGCACCCGGGGACACGGCCCGCGUGCUGCCCCGCUGCGGCCAUGGCUUCCACGUCGACUGCGUCGACAUGUGGCUCAAGUCCCACUCCACCUGCCCGCUCUGCCGCUGCCCCGCCGUCGACUCCCCGCCGCUCCCGCCGGCGCCCGUGCACGCGCCCGAGGCCGACCCGGACUCCCCCAACUUCCCCACCAACGUCCUCUUCUUCGGGUCGCAGGAUGACGUCAGCACCGGCCGCGCCCAGCCGCAGCCGCAGCUGCCGGCCUUGGUGACGACGGCGGCGGCACAGGCAGAAGCGCCGCCGGCUUCUGGCGUGAUUGGGCUGCGGCGGCUUCUCGGGUGUGGCGGCUCGUCGUCGCCCCCUCAGCAGCAGCAGGACAUAGAGAUGGGGCUCGCCCCCGGCGGCGAGAACUGCGCGCCGCACCAAGCAGCGGGCUCUUCUUGAGGGCAUGGCGGCUAAUUCCUUCCCUUCCCUCCAAACUUUUGUGCCGUCUUCUUCUUCUUCCUUGCGUGCCGUCGUCGCAAGUUUUCCCCGCCGGUGUCGUCCCCUCCCUCUCUCCGUUAAUUUACUCCUUUCUUUACUUUACUCGGAGUAAAAAACAAAAACUGUACAGAUUUUUAUAGGCGUUUUGAUGUACACACACGUGGAUAGAAAAAAGAUCAUGUUCUCGCAUGACGUCACAAAGGGAGAAAAGAAAGUGAAAAAAAGCCUCAAGUUUGGAUGCACAUUUCUGUUGUUUCCUCA